UCCAGGUCCAUGUGAUUUCAGCACAUGUGAUAUUGUACGGGGUUUAAGCUUUUUCUUCAUGAGUUUCGUUUCCCCAAAACCCUCGGGGGAAAUCUCUCUCCCAAAUUUAAACUCCAAUUUUCACCUGCAAAUCACCCCAACUAAAACCCUAACUUGAAAUCACUUCUAUCACACUAUGAAAUCCCUAAAACCAAAAACCAUCUUCAUUAUCCCCACUUCUCAUUUACUCUCUUCAAUUUAUAGAGUUUCUCAUUUCUCUUCGUCUCCAUCUUCAAUCUCCGAUUCUCAUUCUACUGUACAUUCUCCCUCUUCUUCUUCUUCUUCGAGGACAAAUCAAGAAGAAGAAAGAAGAAACGUAAAGGCAUCAGUUUGGUGGGAUUUUGAGAAUUGUCAAGUUCCUAAUGGAGUUAAUGUUGCUAAAAUAGCACACAGGAUUACUUCUGCUCUUAGAAUUAAUGGGAUCGAAGGACCUGUUUCAAUUACGGCAUUUGGGGAUGUUUAUCAACUAUCUAGGGCUAAUCAAGAAGCUCUUUCUUCUACUGGAAUCUCCCUUUAUCAUGUUCCACAUGGAAAGAACAAUGCUGACAGAUCACUUCUUGUUGAUCUUGUCUAUUGGGUGUCACAGAACCCCCCACCAGCACAUGUCCUUUUAAUAUCGAGAGACCGAGACUUUGCUAAUGUUUUAAAUCGACUAAGAAUGAGCAACUACAAUGUAUUACUGGCAAGUCUGGGUAAUCCUCCAGAUGUUCUUAACAGUUCUGCGAGUAUCACGUGGUGCUGGAACGGUCUGGUUAGUGGAGAAAAACUUACUGGAAGGCGCUUUAACCAGCCUCCCGUUGGUUUUUCUUCUUUGUACGGGCAGUACAAGGGACCCUUGGAGGAUCCAUUUCUGGAGACACAGACAACUUUGCAGAAUGUUGCAGAUCUUAAUACAAAUGUUAAUCUCCCUCCAGUUCCCGAGGCUUUAACAAGCAAGAUUUGUCAAAUAGUGGACUUACAUGCCAAUGGAAUCAAUAUUUGCGACCUGAGAAGCCUGGUGUGUGUGGAUAAAGACUUCUACGGGCGUAAAAAGUUUUCAAAGUUACUUAUGUCUAUGUCAGAUCAAUUGAAACUCGUUAGAACUAAUGAUAGCAAGAUUUUUGUUCAUCGCGCCCGACCAAAAGCUGCUACUUUCGUCGACCAUGAGUCGAGCUUGCCAAAAAAUAGCACCACAGACCUAAAAGGGGAAAAUGCAGAGAGUUCUGUAUGUGUUGAUAACUAUUCUGGUUUCUUUGGCAAGAUUGUAAACUGGUUCAGAGUUUGGAUAACUGGUCCCCAGGCUGAUCAAUCAAACAGAAAAGCUACUGAAGACAAAGGCGAGAUAAAGGGCAAAGCUGGAAGCCAUGAAAUAUUGUCCACAAGUACUGAUUAUGCUAUUGAACAAUAUAGGAAAGCAGUAACAAAUAUUCAAGCUGAAAAGUGUGAAACACUGUCCACAAAUUCUGACCUGGCUAAGGAAAAAUCUAGCAAAGAUGUGACUGCGAAAAAUAUUCAAGCUGGAUAUCAUGAACUUUUCUCCACUAGUUUGUUUUGGGAAGAGAUUGAAGUAUUUCUGUGCUCACAAAAAGGGAGGUCCCUCAUUAAGCAAGCAAUGACCAGGUUACAAAUUGCGGAAGAGCUAAAAGAGAAGGGACCUGAGGUUCUUAGAACUCUCUCUGUCACCGCUCUCAGUCACUUGAUAUAUCUAUUAAUUUCCAAGAAGAAAUGGAUAGAACAUUGUCCUUCCCAAGCUUUUCCUUUCAGUGUCAUUCAUUCGCAGUUAUCACCUCAUCAUGGUAUAAAUGGGUUAAGUGCUAUCGUCUCCCCUAAGUCAUCUUCUCAGGGAAGCUUGCCGAGAUUAUCGAUUCAUGGAGGAGAGAAAGAAAAUGGAGAUGUUGAUUCUGCAUGGCAGGAACUUGGGCCUGUUUGCAACACGAACUCUGAUAGAAACGAUACAAAAUAUUCUGAUCAAGAUAGGAAAACAAACCUGCAGUUAUCUUUUAACCACAGUACUAACAGGUUAAGUACUAUCGUAUCCGCCAAGUCAUCUUCUCAGGGAAACUUCCAGAGAUUAUCAGCUCAAGAAGGAGAGAUAGAACAUCCGAACCACACGGAGUGGGGCGUGGAUAUUGAUAAAUCAGCAAGGCAGAUGCUAGGGGACUGUCAGAAGCUUGUAACCGAAAUUUUGGAGAAACAUCCGGAAAGAUUCAAUAUGAGUGUCAUCAAGGGUUUGUUUCUCCAGAAAUAUGGAUAUUCUCUGGAGCUUCAAAUACUUGGGCACUCUAACCUAUCAUCUCUAGUACGGUCUAUACCUGGGGUGAGAGUGGAGGGAACUUUUGUCGUACCUUCUGGAAAAUUAUCUUGUGAUUUUAGUGUGGAAAAGUUAGGUAACUCGGAUAACAACGACAACAGUAAUAAAGAUAUCGACAUAUCUGAUUCGGUAGAAAAUGGAGAUGAUGAUUCUGUAUGGGAGGAACUUGGGCCUGUUUGUAACAUGAAUACAUCUUCUCCUGGAAACUUGCCAAGGUUAUCAGUUCAUGGAGGAGAGAGAGAAAAUGGAGAUGAUGAUUCUGUAUGGGAGGAACUUGGGCCUGUUUGUAACAAAAAUUCUGAUAGAACUGAUGCAGAAGAUUCUGAACACAAUAGGAAAACUAACCUGGGGUUAUCUUCCAACCACAGUACUAACAUGUUAAGUGCUAUUGUUUCCGCCAAGAAAUCUUCUCAGGGCAACUUGCCGAGAUUAUCAUUUCACGAAGGAGAGAAAGAACAUCUGAACCACACAGAGAGGGGCGUGGAUUCUGAUAAAUCAGCAAGGCAGAUGCUAAUGGACUGUCAGAAGCUUGUGGGCGAGGUUAUGGAGAAACAUCCAGAAGGAUUUAGCAUGGAUUGUAUUAAACAUUUGUUUUUCGAGAGGUAUGGACAUUCUCUGAAGUAUCAAAUGCUUGGCCACACUGAACUAGCAUCUCUGAUGCAAACCAUUCCUGGAGUGAGAGUAGAGGGGGAUUUUAUUGUACCUUCUGGACCUCGUGAUUUUGACGUGGAAAAGCUAGGUAACUCGGAUAACAACGACAAUUACAAUAAUUUAGAUACUGGCAUAUCUGGCUCAGUAGGCAAUGGAGAUGAUGAUUCUGCAUGGGAGGAACUUGGGCCUAUUUUAUGUAACACGAAGUCAAAUGGAAAUGUCACCGAAGAUACUGAUCGCACUAGGUGUACAAUUCUUGAGAAGCCAGACCCUGAUUCUGAUUUCUCUGACGCAAAGUUUUCAGAUUCAGAAGCAACCAGAAAAGAUUUGCAAGUGAGACAGCAAAAGAAGGGAGGAAAUGACCAAGAGGUUCUUGCUUCGUUGCACACUAUCAAGAAGAGUGGUCAAGCUAGGUUGAAAAAAAUCCAUCAUUUAGGCUCUUCUAUAAAUGAUUCAAAGCUAAUGGAUGUAGAUAUUGGUACAGAUUCUGAACCAAUUAUCAGGGCUCUAAGGAGUGCCACAUUGGUUGGCAAAAAUGUUAGGAACAAAAGGGGCAAGGUUGUCGAUAGCAUACUGCGAACACUUGAAAAAUAGUAAGAAUGGUGUUUUUAGAGUAAGAGAGUCAUAAUUGAUCAUACGAGCUCAUAAAUCCACAAGGAUCAAAAUGGGCAUGUAAUGAUGUAAUUAUUAGAUAGAAAACUCAAUUCAAGUUUCUAUUGUUCUUGGCCACAAUUUUGCCAAGCACCACCAGUUUUUCUGAAUUAAAUGAAAAGAAGGAACAGCU